AUGCCCACCAAAGGAAGCUGUGUCUGCGGCGAGUGGACUUACGAGUACGAAGGAGAGCCCAGCGGCGUGGCCAUUUGCUAUUGCAUUCCCUGCCGCAAAACCGCAGGUUCCAAUGGCUCCUACAACCUCAUGAUUCCCCUCGACAAAUUCAAAAAACUCUCCGGCACAAACUUCCUCUACACGCGCACCGGCGACUCAGGCAAACCCAUCAACUACACCAACUGCGGAAAAUGCGGCACCAUCAUGACCGCCGACGUCCAAGCGUUGGAAGGUGUGGUAUUGGUCAAGGGCGGUACAGUGGAUGAUUUGACCUUGGAUGCGAAGCUGGCUCCCAAGGUGGAGAUUUAUCGCAAGACUGCGCCGGAGUGGUGUACGCCUGUUGCUGGGGCGGCGUUGAAGGAGGUUUCGUGA